AUGAAUAUUAGCUCAACGAUUUGCUGGUGCAACAUCUAUGAGAGCAGCAGCAUUCAGAAUGUUGGACCAAAUGUGCUCGGACUGCGACAGGGAAAUCUGCUCAAAUUUAUGCAGAUGCCGACGGGCGCUGUGAGCUACUUCAGGGCCGAAACCGUGGCGACUGGUCUAUACAUUAACAAUUUUACGGGUCACAAUCGUUUUCCGCUGUUUGCCUUUGAUGAAACCGUUCUAAGUCCAAAUAUUUAUAUUUACAAGUAUCCAGAACUGACCAAAUUUGCAUCACUGCCCAAGUCUCAACUCACCUACACUCUCUUGAAAUUCUCUGAGCUUGAUUUACUGAUUGCAGUUGGAGGCUAUCCAAACUAUCCGAUUUGUGUGUUUAAUUUUCGCACAAAUACUAAAAUUCUGGAGCACCCGACAUUUAUAAUAACCAAAAAUUUUUCACUGGCCUUGAGCAAUGGCAACUCACCGGCAAUUGUUCAAUAUGAUAAGAAAGAUAUGCGUAUCCUGUGCUAUGAAAUGUGCUUUGUUGAAAAGGAUGCAUAUCUGCACAAGGUCUCUGAGGUGCAAAUGGGAAAGAACUAUUUCAAAUCGGCCAGCCAUUUCAUGUGUUUUGGCGAUGAUAAUGGACUCUAUGUGGUCAACGAUUACGGCCAAUUCUCACAGAUUGAUAUCGCUUGCUUUGCGGUCACUUCGCGAUGGUCGCCCACCUAUGUGAAUGAAAAUGACAGUGAAAUGAUAACACGUGCCCAUGCUCUGACAGCAUACAAGAUGGGAUUCCUCAUCGCAAAUAGCUCUUCGGCAAUUUAUAUUAAAAAAAAGGCCGGAAACUUUACCGUGGAAUGGACCAUUGAUGAGGGGCUACACAAUGUGGAACUCUUUAUUAGCAAUCAUAAUGGAGAGCUGUAUGCAUCAAGAGAAUUUGGGGACAUUGCCCAAGUAGUUCUUGAGGAGAAUGAGGGGAAGUUGGAGCAGAUUGUGGCCAGUGGCAAAGCCGUUUUGGCAUUUCGAACCUUCACAUGCUUCAAGGAAGAAUGCGUCUUGGUCUUGUAUAAUGACGGCAUCGCAAUGCUAGAUCUGCCAAAUGGAAAAACCCUCUCCGAAGUCCGCAUUCCCAUGACCUGUGCCAUAUGCGCACAUCGUAGUAAUACCUAUGUAAUUGUGGGCACUAUCGAUGGAAACAUUGUGUUAAUUAAUUUCGAGAAGCCAACGGUUGCAAAUAUCAUGUAUCAGUUGCAAUGCGAGACGGCAGCUGUUUUUGCCAUGGAUUUUCACGACAACUGGCUCGUUUUCCAGGAUCAGGCGAAGGGAUUCAACAUAGUGAAUAUUGAAUACCGACCCAUUAAAAUGUCACACUACUUUUCCAUUAAGGAUGAUCAUCUGCUGAAGGAAGUCUUCGUUCAGAGCUUUCUAUUAGUCGAGGGACCUCGACUUCUGGUCAUGAUUUCUCGCGAUAAGAGACUCAACCCACCUGGUCAUGCUGAGGAAAUGUGGAUCUUUAACUGGACCAAGGACAGACGACUGCAUAGACGUGAAUUGAGCCUACCCAAUUCCUAUGUGUCAUUUUUUGUCCAGCCACCAAUGGGUCGCUGGGUGAACAUUGAGAUUAUUGGCGUGGUUAAGGACAGUACCAUAUUUGAUCAGUUUGUGCUCAAUGAGAGCAGCGAGCUACAGUGGAUCGCGUCCAUUAAGUCGGCUCAUUAUGGACACAUCACUGGACUUGGCUUGACCAAACAUUUGCUCACUUGGGGCGUCGAUGGCAUCAUGGUCCACUUCAGACAGCACAAGCGAUCCAAGAAACCAUUCAUGAUGUCCCGCUUUGUAACGCUUCUCUUUACACCCCAAUGUCUACUACGCGCCAGGGAGUGCUACAAUUCCAAAUACCUGAUUGUAUUGAGCGCUGAGAAUGUUUUGUGGGUAGCUCGUUUGCCCUCGUUAGCUGAUAAUGUCCGGGAGAAUGAAGAAUUACCGGUGCCGGAGAAAUAUAUUGUACAGCAAACGAAGAUGGUAUCAGCUCUAUUUGUGCCGCAUUCCGUUAAGAUGGAGGUUAAGGAUGAAUUCACUCCAGCGGAUUUGUUGAAGCGCGAUAAGAUUCGGCAUAUGAUUCAGGACUUUUCCGCCAAGGUAACCGCUCUGAUUGAUUACGAUAUCUCCGUGACAGGCAAGUCAAAGGGGAUCUUCAAGAAGUUCUGUUACCACUACAAAUGGCUGGAGGCAUUGACGGAGGAGGCACACAAACUGUGCACCUUGGAACGUGAGUCACUGAUGCUGGCAAUCAAGGAUCAGUCGCGCAUCCGUGAUUGGAUAAUGACAUUUGUGACACGUGAUGCUAUCAAUAUUAAUUACAAAGUGAGAUCAAUAUGUGCCGAGGCGAACUUUGAGAGCUUCUCCUUGGUGCGCAAGCCGAAUAUGAUGAUCUUCGAUAAAUAUCGUUUCUACGAUCUGGAGGAUCACAUGCGAUUUUCAGUAAUGUCUGCAGAUGAGAUAGAAGAGGAGCCAACUUAUCCGGAACUAAUGGAAGAAGCAGGCGUCAAGAAAGCGACUCGCGAUCUGAAAUUGUAUGUGGUGGAAGGACCGAGUGUUUAUGAUCAUAUAAUGGCACCACAAUUUCAAUUGCAAAACAAAUUCACCGUCACCUCCAAUCAGAUAUUUAAUGACAACUGCAAGUUUAGCUAUUAUUUGGCAGAUCCAUUAAAGCAGGAGUUUAACAAGCACUUUCACGAGGCACAGCAAUUGAAACGGGAGACAAUCGACAAUGUGCUUAAUACAAAUGUAGUUCUAUCCAAGAUCUAUGAUAAUAUGAAUAUAAUGCUACGGCUACUUCACAUGGAAACUUUCCAGCCCCCGGAAUUAACUGCACCCUCCCUGGCCAAGGAUGAGGUGAUCAAGAGCAUCAUGGAGGUGGAUGACUCGGAAGUCAAGGCAAUUAAUCGACGCAGACGCAAAACAAUCGACACGGGUGGCAAACGAGGUCGUCUCUUGCUCUGGACUCCAGAGUUCUGGGCACGUGCCCUGAUCGUGAUGAUGGAUGGCGUCAUCGAGAAACUAUGGGAGGAGGAAAUUAAGAAGGAUGUGCCCAUUCCCGAGUUUGUAUUCAAAAAACAGCCACACGAGUACUCAUUGGAGGACCAGAAAAUAUAUCGAGCCUACGAGGAGGCCGUGCAACUUCUGGAGGAAGAUCGACGAAAGUAUUUGCGUAUUCUGCACGAGAAUGAGGGAAAAACCCUCCAAUUGAAGACCAAGCAUAUUCUUAAACUCAAUCAACGGGUUGCGGAACUGAUGCUACUUAAACUCAAGUACGAUUUUGCACUUUCACAGAAUUUGGUGAGAAUGCUCAACCUUAAAACGAUCAAUCAUGUACGCGAUAAGCUUCGUGAGCAAAUCAACGGCUACCGUAGCGAUUACAACAAACUAAAUGAUUAUAUUAAAAACUAUAGCUACUUGUUGGAGUUUUGGGAAGCAACUAUGACGGAUGUGCGUAGCCGUUUGGAGGCCCAACAGGCUCGAGAUCGGGCCUUGGAGCGUCAGUUCCGUGGUAACUAUCUGAACACUGUGCCACAUGCUUCACAUGAGAUGACAAAGCUAUUCAAGAAACGCCCCAAAUUGUCCAAUAAGCUAUUCAGUACUUCUCUGAUAUGCAGUGAAGUUGCCUAUAAGCUUGGUCUAAAGCAAACCAAUCGAACUCCCUUCCCAAUGCCCAAGGAGAUCAACGAUUUCCUGGCCUAUGUCGCCGAUAAUGAUGCAAGCAAGCAUUGUCCACCACAGGUGGAUGCCAAGUCCUGGGAUGCCUUUGUCAAGUUGCGUCGCCAGAAGAUUGAAAGCGAAUUGAGACUUAAAGGCAUUGGCUAUCAGUUGAUUGACAGUCAGACUUAUAUGAACAGCCUCACCAACGACAUAGCCAGCUUGAAGGAUUCCAAGGCAAUAACUCAAAAGAAAAUUGAGGACACUAUUCAACUAUAUCUGGAGGCAAUGAGAAAUAUGACUUUGCAGUUGACCUUGACGCUGGGCCAGGUGGAGGUGAACAUUAAGGGCACUCCAAAGUCGAUGGAGAACUGUGUGUUAAUGCAUGUGGACGACAUCAACGAUGUUAAUCGCAUGAUUAAGGAUGCCGGAUUGAAGAAAAUCAAAGCCAUGCAACGCGUUGCUGUCUUCAGGCGUCAGGUGAUCUUCAAGGAAUGGGAACACAAGCUCUAUAAGGCAAAUAUUGCAUAUCUUAAGUACAUGCUGGAUGCCAUUGAGAAAUGCAAGGUGACUAUUGAGUUUCUCAAUAUAUUACGCAACUGGGACAAGGUCAAAGCGGAACGUCAGAAAUAUAUGGUGGCCGGCUCCAUUGAACGUAUUAUGGAGCAAAAAAUGUCUAUCUUUCGAAGGCAAAUCGAACGCGUAAAUAUCAAAAUCGAUUUGGUUAAGGAAAAAACUCUGGAAAUAAAACGCCGUAACCAUUUGAUAGAUGCCAAAAUCGAACGACUGAAAAUUGAUGUAGCCUUUCAGAAUUCACAACGCGAUGUAAUAUUGGAGCAACGACGCGAUCGUGAGCAACGCGAACGCAUGGAACAGAUAAAAACCCAUCGCCAGCUAUUAGACAAUGUGCGCAAACAUUAUGCUCAUGUCUUGGAACUGCAAACAAUUUUGGAGCUAUUGCGACUGCGUACUUAUCCAACCCUGGGACCACCGUUACCCCAAUGCCAUCCACCUGUUCCAGAGUAUAUAGUAAACUCGGUUCCAUAGUUUCUCAUAUAAUCAUAUAUUACAUUAUAUCUGCUAUUAUUCGUAACAUUAAAGCUGCUAUAUGUUAAAUAGUUACAAUCGAUAAAAAAAAUAAAAGCGAGAAUAAUUAAACAAA